CAGCGUUACUGAUCAACAGCAGCAGGAGCAACAACAAUAAUAUAUUGGAUCUGAUUUCAUUAGUAUUCUUAUCGUCAGGAAACCAUGAACAGCACUAAUCCUAGUUCUAGCCGCAACCAGUCACAUUAUAUUGACGAACAAGACCAAAAGGCCUUCACAAACAAGCGCUAUCUGCCUCUUUUGUUUAUCAAUUAUGCCUGCCUGUUCGUGGGUUCUUUAUCCUCAAGCUUGCUCUCAAAGUACUAUUUCAACCACAAAGGCUCAAGCAGAUGGGUUUCAACGUGGGUUCAAUCUGCAGGGUUCCCUCUCCUUGUCAUCCCCAUUUUCCUUCCUUAUUAUCUGUUCAAGUGCACUGGGAGAAAGCCCUUCACUCAUUUCACUCCCAAAGUCCUAGGCUUGUCCAUAUUCAUAGGCCUGAUGCUAGGCAUAAACAACCUUCUCUUCUCUUGGGGCAACUCUUACCUGCCUGUAUCCACCUCUUCUCUCCUUCUCUCAUCCCAAUUAGUAUUCAAUCUCAUUCUGUCUGUAAUCAUCGUGAAGCAAAAGAUCACUUUUAUGAAUCUCAACUGCGUCAUUCUACUGACACUUGGCUCAGCCCUCCUAGCCUUUGAGUCCAGCCAUGACAAACCUCGUGGCCUGACCCGAGCCAAGUACUUCAUAGGAUUUACGGCGACCAUAGGGGCGGGAUUGCUGUUCGCCCUAUAUCUGCCGAUCAUGGAGAUGAUAUACAAGAAGGUGUACUGCUACGCAAUGGUGAUGGAAAUGCAGCUGGUGAUGGAGAUAGCGGCGACGGCGUUAGCGAGUGUGGGGAUGGCGUGCGACGGGGGGUUUGCGGAGAUGAGGAGGGAGAGCAGAGAGGUGUUCGACAAGGGGGAGAGGGUGUACUGGGCGGCGGUGGUAUCGAACGUGGUGACUUGGCAGCUGUGCUUCAUGGGGACGGCGGGGAUGGUGUUCUUGACGAGUUCGUUGACAGGAGGGAUAUGCAUGACGGCGUUGCUGGGCAUGAACGUGUUGGGAGGGGUGUUGGUGUACGGGGAGGAGUUCGGUGGGGUUAAGGUUGUGUCCACUGUUAUGUGUGUGUGGGGAUUUUGUUCCUACGUAUAUGGGAUGUAUGUCAAGAACAAGAUGACGAAGGAGUCGGAUGACCUUGAUGUCAAACAAAUUAACACUCCUCCUCCCACCGAGAUGGCUCAAAUUGUAGCUUCUGGGGUUUGAAUAU